UGUGUGCUAUCGCACUGCUAGACUUCUGUCCAGCACGCACAGAGUAGCAAAACUCCUCAACUACCGCAGUCAGCAAUCAAUAGUCCACUGUUCAAGUGCACGGGGCAGCACCGUGAACAGAAAGAGGAAAAAAACUCUUUUUGCAACUUUUUUGAAGGUCAUUUUGCUCCAUGACGACAGCCUGUUUGGUUGAACAUCAACUUGUGAGAUCAGUUUGUUCAAACUGAAGACUGAUUUUUUUGAAGGAUAUGCCGGUGCCCCCGCCACCCCCUCCCUUGGCGCCACCGCCACCUCCGCCGCCCCCCAGCACUGGACCUCCACUGUUUGCAGUCGAGUCUCCUAAAAGUGGAGGAGGUGGAAGGAGUGCUCUGCUAGCCGAAAUCCACAAGGGAGCCAAACUCAAAAAAGUCACACAAGUCAAUGAUCGGAGCGCUCCUGUUGUCGACAAACCCAAGGUUACGAGUGGAGACGUGGCCAAUAAUCUUGGUGUCGCUCAUGCUUCAUUUGAAGGCACAGCACCGGUAGGACAAUCCUUAGGCGGACUUUUUGCAGGGGGUUUCCCUACCCUGAGGCCAAUAGGACAACGUGACCCGGCAGGCAAAACGCUAGUGUCACGUUCGAGCUCUUCAGCCUCCCUCAAACCACUGUGGAACACACCCAAUUUAGCUGACCUGAUCGGCCCCCUCGGAGAAGUCGGUCCCCGCCCGCUCGUCUCAUCCUCUGCCCCGCCCUCCCCAACUCACGCCAGCAAGCACCUCGCCCCCCUCUCUUUGGCCACUGCCACUACGUCUACACCGAGCGCCCCACCUUCUGCUCCUCCUCCGCCACCACCACCCCAAGCCUUCCAGGACCGCUCCUCCAACAAGCCACCGCCUCUGCCUUCCUGCCCACCUCCUCCACCUCCAUCUCAGGUUACUACAAAGCCCACCUGGCUCCCCAUCCAACACAACCAACCCUCGACGCCUCCCCCUCCAUCUUACAACCCUCCUUCUCUCCCUAGAGAGCGCUCUUCAUGGUCCUUCUACCCUCCGCCGCCCCCUGUUGUCCACUCUGAAAUUGCCCGGUUUCCUAUUUUACGGGACUAUUCCCCUCUCGGACCACCUCCCCCACCGCCACCCCCCCCUCUGCCGACCUCUUACACCCCAAGCACACUAACCACCUUCCCGCCACCUCCACCCAAAAUCCCUGCAGUUGCCUCACCAAGCCUACGUUUUCUCCCACCGUCAUACCCUUGCAACGCUCCGACUCGACGACCGCCUGCGGUUCCUAAAAGUGCAGGUGUCAGUCGUCUGGCUCCUCCUCCGGCUCCUCCGGCACGUUCACCCUCCACUGAGCUGUCCAGCCGCAUUCCUCCCCCUCCGCCACCGCCUCCUCUGCCCCCCUCCAGCGUCAGGAAUGGACACUUGCACAGUCUAGAUGACUUUGAGUCCAAAUUCCAGUUCCACCCUGUUGAAGAUUUACCUCCUCCAGAUGAAUUUAAGCCUUUCCCUCGCAUCUACCCAAGUAAAGAAAACAAAGUAAACCCUGCCCCCCAUGGAAUCAGAUCACACCUCAGAUGAGUUUCAUCCCACACAAUUCCUGGAUACAAACUAGGAAAACCGAUAAAAACAACACAUGGCUUUCACUUUGGAGGCAGGCAUCGUGUUUGUGUGUUAGAUGCGUCUCAUACUACAGUAUGUGGCCUUUGACCUUUCCUAGAGUGGAAUGUUUUGAAUGUGAGUGAGAGGAGGGCUCUCCCUACACAUCUUCAUGAGCACACACACAAAUGCUCUCUGGUGACUGUUUCCAGGACAGAAAUAGAUUGAGGGUGUUAUUAUUUGGACAGGAAAUAAGUGAGAGUGCAUCUAAAGUGUAACUAAAUCAUUCUAAGAUUUAUCUUUAAUUUUAAGACUAACAAGUGAUUUUUAGCUGAAUUGUUAUAUAGCAGGGUAAUCAAACAUCUAAAAUACUUGUUUAUGCUAUAGAAGUGUCGUUGACCUGACAUCGACUCUAUAUGAAUGAAUGCACUUUUGUAUAGAGCCUACCCACGUACCACGUGCUCGCUGUAUGGUUCCGCCCACUUGUCCGUCAAAACAUAGUGUUAACCUGUUACGGCUACGUACAUUUCUCCUAUUUACGGCGUGUUUUUCUGCUCCUUAACAUUAAUAAUCAAAAUGGUGAAGGCGUGUGUGGCUGUUGGUUGCACUAACAGAGAAGAUGGAAGGAGAGACUUGAAGUUUUACCGUAUUCCGAGGGAUCCAAAGAGGAGAGCGAAAUGGACGGCUGCAAUUCGACGUGAAAACUGGACACCAAAAAAUCACCACAGACUAUUUAGUAGUCAUUUUAUGUCCGGUAAGAUGCAUUUAAUAUAUAUUUAGAGGGUUUUGGCCUGACAACCACAAUUAAGAUCAUUGCUAGGCUAAUCGCCGACAACAUACGACGUAGUACGACAUAGUUUCAAAUUCAAGAUGUUUGUGACUUCCCUUUCUUCCACCAUCGUUAUUUUUUGAAUAAUAUUUAGCUGGUGCCAAGUGAAAGAAACUGGCCUCGUCUACGGGGCUGACAAAUAACCACAAUUAAGAUCAUUGCGAGGCUAAUCGCCGACAACAUACGACGUAGUACGACAUAGUUUCAAAUUCAAGAUGUUUGUGACUUCCCUUUCUUCCACCAUCGUUAUUUUUUGAAUAAUAUUUAGCUGGUACCAAGUGAAAGAAACUGGCCUCGUCUACGGGGCUGACAAAUAACCACAAUUAAGAUCAUUGCUAGGCUAAUCGCCGACAACAUACACGUAUGUAUGUCGUGAGAGUGCUAUCGCUAAACCAUAUAAACAUUAAAAGCCUUAACUCCAUUGACAAACGACAUGAAAUACAUUAGACUUGACAGUGGAUGUUAGCAAUAACAAAAGAUUUUGAAUUGAAAAUUUCGUAACUCACCUUUCCAAGCACAAGAUAGAUUCCUGCCGAACGAGGACCUGUUUCACCCAACCAGCAACGAAGUAUUAUAAGCCUCCAAGCUCUUGAAGUUUUUCAAAUUUUCGUGGGAAUAGGCUGAUUUUGUGUGGACAAGAUAAUUGUAAAUAUCAGCGUAGCAGAUGUCAGGCAGACAGGGCGAAGACAGUGGGUCGAAAAACAUCGAUUUGGGCAUCAAAUAUGGAUCUGGCGACUGUAUAGAACGAAGCUUUUCCUCAUAACGCCUUUUAUGCAACAGAUCCAGUGAGUUUGCGGCAUCAGAAAGCACCGGGUCUUCCAUGAAAUGCAUUUUAAAUUCCGCCAUCAAUUGAAAACAAUGCUAAUACAGAGUCAAAAUGACGGACAAGUGGGCGGAACCAUACAGCGAGCACGUGGUACGUGGGUAGGCUCUAUAGACCCUACUCACCUACGUCACAAAAUGGGCGUGUCGCGGUUUCCGGCCGCCAUAUUGUACCUCUUUUUCAGACCUAUUCUCAUUGUUUUCAAUUAGUCGAGCAAGUUAUAGAGCAAUUCAUGGAAGCCCCGGUGUUAUCUGACGCUGUAAACUCAUUGGAUCCGU